AUGGGUGAUGAUUUUGGAGAUAUCGAGAGAUUCACCAAAUUUAUGAAAUUAUGGAAAGACCUAUUUAUUUACAAAUUAGCAUUAAUACAACAUUUAGAAAAUGCACUACCCUUACAAACCUUUGACUUUGCUAAUUUAAAAGUUUUAGACGUUGAGAAUAACAAGUUACCAGAUAAUGUUUCAUUGGAAGAAGGAGCUCUUCUUGAACCUCUAGCUGUUGGUGUAUAUGCUUGCAAAAGAGCUAAAAUUGAAGUUGGAGCUAACGUUUUGAUCUUAGGGGCUGGUCCCAUAGGUCUUGUAACCUUAUUAGUUGCUAAGGCCAGAGGAGCUAGUACAGUUAUUAUUGCUGAUUUAAAUGAAAGCAGAAUAAAUUUGGCAAAGCAACUAGGAGCAGACGAUGUGUACUUAGUCAAAAAAGAAUCAGAAGAGAAUAAAAAUGUCGAACAAAUAUGUAGACUAUUUGAUGAAAAACCGAGUAUAACCAUAGAUGCUUGUGGAUUUGAGUCGUCUAUUCGUCUGGCAAUACAAGUUACAAAAACAGGAGGAAAAGCUGUUAUUGUUGGUAUGGGAGCAAAUGAAGUCAAACUACCAUUAAUAAAUGCUCUUUGUAGAGAAGUAGAUAUUUUAGGAGUUUUCCGUUACGCUAAUGAUUCGUUUCAGCUUUCUUAUGUAUCACUGAAUAUUUAUCCACGUAUCAUGAAUUUUUUACUUUUACAAGAAAUAACUCUCUACUAAGAUGAAUUUUGUUGGCUUUGGGACGUUCAUCACGUCAAGUUAGUAUGGA